AUGGAACGUCUGGAUCUGCUGGGAUUCCUUCUUAUCACCGUCAACUGCAACAUGACUAUUGUGGGGAAGAUCUGGCUUAUCUUCAUGGUACUGCUGAGGAUGGUGGUGAUCAUCUUGGCAGGCUCCCCUGUCUACCAGGAUGAGCAGGAGAGGUUUGUGUGUAACACUCUGCAGCCGGGAUGCGCCAACGUUUGCUACGACAUCUUCUCCCCGGUGUCCCACCUGCGGUUCUGGCUGAUCCAGAGCGUGUCUGUCCUCCUCCCUUCUGCCAUUUUCAGUGUCUACGUGCUCCACAGAGGGGCUGUGCUCGCCGCCCGUGGACUCUGUGGGCCAGAUGGCGGUCCCACCCGCCCUGAGCCCUGUGACCAGAGCCCUGGGGACAGGCAGCAUCCUCCGCCCUGCAGGGAGCCCUACCACCUGACAGUGCCGGAUUUCUCCUCCAGCUACAUCGUCCACCUCUUCCUUAGGGUGCUGACCGAGGCAGCUUUUGGUGCCUCGCAUUACCUCCUCUUUGGAUUCUUGGUCCCCAAGAGAUUCUCUUGCACCCACGCUCCCUGCACCAGCGUGGUGGACUGUUACGUCUCCCGGCCCACGGAGAAGUCCAUUAUGAUGCUUUUCAUGUGGGCGGUCAGUGCGCUCUCCCUGCUGCUCAGUGUGGCUGACCUCCUCUGCAGCGUUCGUGGGAGGACGAGCAGGGGCGGGGCCCCCGCCAAGGAUCCCCUGGGCCACACCGCCGGCCGCCCGCUGUCCCGGAGCCUGGGUGCUAGGUCAGGUCCGAUGGCCGGCAACCGUGCGUGGGUGGAGGAGGGGGCGCCCAUCCACCGCGGCCUGUGGACUGGAGCGGAGGGUGCCGACAGCCCCAGUGGGAAGUCCGCUGUGUCGGGGCGGAUGGGGCUUCCGGAUGAAGAUGAGAGCGAGGUGCUGUCCUCUGCCAGCGAGAAGCUGGCCACGGCUUGCAAAGAGCCCGGGAGUAGGGCACAAGCGGAGGCCUCCCAGGACCCCAGGGUCGAGGGUCCCACAAGGUCCGAGGAGCAUCUCUUAGUGUCUCGGAGCCGGCUGGGCCGGCGCUAUCCAUCCGGUCAGCUACCGCCCCCCGACGGGCUCGCCAACUCCAGAUCCAGAAAGUCUGAGUGGGUCUGA